AACCGACCUGAAAUAAAGAUUCAAGGCCAUAUCCAUCUGAGAUUUAAAGUAGCAAAAUCCUGCUCUUCAAAUUGAAAGAAAAAUCGAGCUCUAGAACUCCUCUAAUCUCCCCCACUACCACCAAAAACAAGAAAGGAAAAAAGAAAAGAAAGAGAAAACAAGAAUAAGAAGAAAAGAGGAGAAAAAAACCUAUGAAGAAAUCCCAAUCUCCUCCAUCUUCUUCUUCCUCAUUUCUAAAUCCAAAGCCCUCAAAACCCACCUCAGUCCUUCCCUACCAAACCCAAAACCUCAGAAGUCUCUACCUCAUUGGCAAGAAACUAGGCCAAGGGCAGUUUGGCACCACAUACCUCUGCACUGAGAAAUCCACAGGCAAUCUCUACGCCUGCAAAAGCAUCCCCAAGAAGAAGCUCAUCUGCAAAGAGGAUUAUGACGAUGUCUGGAGAGAGAUCCAGAUAAUGCACCAUCUCUCCGAACACCCCAAUGUUGUCAGGAUCAAAGGGGCUUAUGAGGACUCUGUCUUUGUCCAUCUAGUCAUGGAGUUGUGCGCUGGCGGGGAGCUCUUCGAUAGGAUUGUGACGAAGGGGCAUUUCAGCGAGCGGAAGGCGGCCCAGUUGAUCAAGACGAUUGUCAGUGUCGUUGAAGGGUGCCACUCGCUUGGUGUGAUGCAUAGGGAUCUCAAGCCAGAGAAUUUCUUGUUCAUUAGCGAGGAGGAGGAUGCGGCACUCAAGGCUACCGAUUUCGGGUUGUCGGUGUUCUACAAGCCAGGGGACAUGUUUUAUGAUGUAGUUGGUAGUCCCUACUAUGUUGCGCCUGAGGUACUACAAAAGCAUUAUGGUCCCGAAGCUGAUGUUUGGAGUGCUGGAGUUAUCUUGUAUAUCCUAUUAAGCGGUGUUCCACCGUUUUGGGCAGAAACUGAAGCAGGGAUCUUCAGAGAGAUUUUAAAAGGCCGCUUAGAUUUUGAAUCUGCUCCCUGGCCUUGCAUUUCCGAAAGUGCAAAAGAUCUGAUAAAGAAGAUGCUGAAUAGGGACCCGAAGAAGAGAUUGACUGCUCAUGAGGUUCUUUGUCACCCUUGGAUCAUAGAUGAUAGAGUUGCUCCUGAUAGACCUCUGGAUUCUGCAGUUUUAUCACGCCUAAAGCAUUUCUCUGCAAUGAACAAACUUAAAAAGAUGGCUUUGCGGGUCAUAGCAGAAAGAUUGUCAGAGGAAGAAAUAGGUGGCCUGAAAGAGUUGUUCAAAAUGAUCGAUACGGACAACAGUGGGACAAUAACAUUUGAUGAACUGAAAGAUGGUUUGAGAAGAGUGGGCUCUGAAAUGAUGGAAUCUGAGAUAAAGGCACUUAUGGAUGCAGCUGACAUUGACAACAGUGGCACCAUAGAUUAUGGCGAAUUUCUUGCUGCUACAGUGCAUAUGAACAAGAUGGAGAGAGAGGAGAAUUUGAUAUCUGCUUUCUGUUUUUUCGACAAAGAUGGCAGUGGUUACAUAACAAUUGAUGAACUUCAACAUGCCUGCCGUGAGUUUGGUUUAAGCGAGGUCCACCUUGAUGAUAUGAUCAAAGAAAUUGAUCAAGACAAUGAUGGGCAGAUCGAUUACAGUGAAUUUGCUGCGAUGAUGAGGAAAGGCAAUGGUGGCAUUGGGAGGAGAACGAUGAAAAACAGCUUGAACAUCAACUUGGGUGACGCCCUCAGAAUGGCAGACCACGCGCCCUUGUCGAAUCAGAAGUGAAAGCGAUCACUUUAUUUAUUUAUAGUAUAACUAGGAAAUACUGGAUGACUGAAAGAACAUGAGGGCUAAAUCUUCUAAUGUUCAUUGACCCAGCUGUUGUUUACAUCACUUGAUAACAUAGCAGGAUUCAAGCUUACCUCGGGAUGGUUUUUUUUUUUUUUUUCACACCAUUAGUUUGUGUUUAAAUGGACUUUCUAAUCAUUCAAGCAAAUGACCCUGAUGUCGAAAAAUUGGUAGGCUGGUGCUGGGGCACAGGAGGAGGGUGGCCAGCUUUCCCACCUGCAAAUCGAAGGUGAUCAAAUAUCAUGUGAUGGACUGCACAUGAAUUUGUCCUUGGGAUCUUUCAUCCAAUUCUCAUGUAAUCUUUGAACGAGUCUUUGCCAAGGUUAGGUUUCCUACAUGCUUUGGGAGUGUAAUCAGUGAUGCGUUGAGAUUUGUGAUUCAUUUCUUCAGACUAA